AUGGGAUCCAGUAGCACUAAACCGAUGGCGAUGUACUACGAGCCGCGACGACGGCGACAUGAUGUCAGCAGUAAUUUCUCCAAAGAAUACUCACAGUAUUGGUCAGGGACGUCGAAAAGCUCGGAUUUUUCCAUCGAAAGAAACGCCUACUCGUUUUCCACAAGUGAAGACUACUCACCCACGCGUGAUAAUCGACGAUACUCGCAAUUCGUGUCAUCAUUUGGAAAGAGCUAG